CCUUGACGCCCUCGACUUGCCCCAGCAGCAGCUGGUCAUGUUGCCGCGCUAUGGGCGACGACAGCACUCCGCCCCCCGAUGCCGACUCCGUGGACGCCACAGGCCUGGAGGCUGCUGUGGACGCCGGCGCCGAGCGCCGCGCGCUGAUGCGGAAGGUGGCACAGCUGACGAAGGUCGUGAUGCAUUUGAACAGCAAAAAUGAUGAAAGCGAACAGCAGUACCAACUGCUGUCGGAGGAAUUGGAGGAGGAAGUGACGGCCAUCGUGGAGGGAGCCGCCAUGGAAAUCCAGGCGGAAACUCUGAAGGUCAAAGACUUGGCUGAAAAGAGCAGUCUCUUGGCCAACGCGUCGCGCUUGGAUCAGCUCUUCGGGCAGCAGAAGCUGCAGCUGGCUGCGGAACUGCAGCAGCUCCGCGCGGAGGCGCAGGAGCUGAGGCAACGGCAGAGAGAGAUGGCGGAGCUGGAGCUGGAGGUGACCAUCCAAAAGGUGCGCGAAGUCUCUCAGAAGUUGCGAGAGAGCUUGGAGAACUACCGCCGCACCUUGGAACGCCGUGCCCUGGAGAUGGCGCAACGUCACGAGGAGCUGCGCUCGGAUCGCCAGGCUGAGCUGCAGCUGGCGCAGGAGGACUUCGAUCGGCGCCUGGAAGAGUUGAAGACGUCGCUGCGGAGGGAGGCGGAGCACGCGCGUCAGUCCACAGAGCAUGCGAUGCUUCACAUGCGGCGUUUACACGAGGCCGAGACCAGCUCGCAGCAGCUGGCGCUGCUGCAACGCCGCCAGGAACGCAUGCAACGCCUGGAGCACGACUUCGCGGAGGAGCGCCGGGUGCGCGAGGCCAUGCGCAGUGGGAUGGAGCUGGAGAUGAUGCAGCAGAGGAAAGACCUGGAGGAUUUCAAGGCCUCGCUGUUUUCCGUUGAUCAACAGGUGGAGGCCAUGCGAGGCACCUUGGAGGAGAUGCGCUGCCGCGCGGAGCGCGCCUCGGCCGACGCGGACGUGGCCCGCAGCGAGGCGGCGCAGGCGGAGGCGGAGACGGCCGCGCUGGCGCGGGAGAUCGCUCUGUUGGAGGUCCGCCAACGCGGUACCGCCGUGCCGGCGCCGCCGGCCGCGGUACCGCGGCCAAAGCCGGCGGCACCGCGAAAUGGCUUGACGGAGGAGUUGAGGGAGGUCAUCAGUAACACCAAACAGGUGGAGAAUGAGAUGGCCAUGGUGGAAGCUCGACUGGGGGACCUCGAAGACGAGUUGGCAGAGCAAGACAAGACCGUGGCCGAGACGAUGGGGCCUGAAGGAAACUUCGACUUCGAAGUGGGCAACGACGCAAAAUGGGAGCAGAUCCUAAAGGACUUUGGAGGGCCCAACGCAUUGCAGGAAUGGCAAAGGCUCUUGGCCUUGGCCAAGCCCUUGGGAGAAGUCUCCAAGGGCGUCCCGGCGGCCGCGUUGCGCGGGGAUUUGGGUGCAGUGCAGACGUUGCAAAGAUACUUUUCGCGGCUUCCACCUUUGCUGCUCAACGGCUUGAAGUUUCAGGCGCCGUUCAACGACCUCUUAGAAGAAGCAGGUGUGAAGGAUCGAUUUCUGAAGAAAUGGCUGGACUACCUGUGCUUCGUGCUGCAGGCGCUGCCUGCUGCGGGCCAUCCCUCAGCACCAGUGGCCUACAUGGUGUCGGACAUGUACAGCUCUGGGGCCGUGCUGGACUAUCCCAAGGGCGGUAUGGGAGCGUUGAUUGAUGCCCUGGUCCAGGGCCUUGAGAAGCACCAGGGCCAGCUGCGCUACAACGCGCACGUGGACCAGAUCCUGGUGGAGGAUGGUCAGGCCUGCGGUGUGUCCGUGAAGGGCCGGCAGAUCCGUGCGCGCGAGGCCGUGGUGAGCAACGCCAGCGUUUGGGAUACCGAGCACCUGCUGCCGGAGGGAAGCAACUGGAAGAGCAAGCCGCCGGAGUGCGGCAGUUUCAUGCACCUCCACUUGGGCCUGAAGGCGGAGGCCUUGCCGUCCGAGAUGCCGUUGCACUACAGCGUCAUCAGGGACUGGGAGGAGCCCAUCGACGCCACGGGCAAUGUGGUGAUCAUCAGCGUGCCCAGCGUGGUGAACCCUGCCCUGGCACCGGAGGGGCGGCACUGCCUGCAUGCCUAUCUCGCAGCCACAGAACCCUUUGAGCUCUGGAAAGGCAUGGACCGUCGGAGCCCGGAGUACGCCAAGCUCAAGCGCCAGCGCGCGCAGCCGCUGUUUGAGGCGGUGGAACGUGCGGUGCCUGGUGCCUGCGAAAACAUCGAGAUGGAGCUGAUCGGAUCUCCGCUGACCCAUGCGCGCUUCAAUCGCAGGCACCGAUGCCGAGCCAUGGGCGACGAAAGGUCGGCUCAAGGUGGCAUGGGUUCAUCCUUGGGAGCCAUGAGCAAAGUUUCCAUGCACACGGCAGUGGCCAACUUCAACCGGCUCUGGGAGCGCAACGUCUCCAAGGUCCAUGACCUCAGGGGCUUUGAAGAAGUCUUCGGAUCCUAUCCGCAGGGCUUGGAGGCUGUCUUCAAAGUCUAUCCGGACUGCCAGGCCAAUUUCUUCACAGAGGUUUUUCCCUUCAUCGUGCAAUCUGCCAGUCGAAUGUACCCUGAGUACAACCUCAAGAAGCUGCAGCAAGGUGUGGUGGACCAUCUGAUGCUGGGGCGUGAGUUGGUGGUGACGCUUUUGGCGCAUAUGUUCCUUUGCACCAUCACUGAUUUGGCUAGAGAUAUGCCAUACCCCUGCUUUGACAUGCUGCUGUUUCGCGUCUCCACGCGGCAGCCACAGGAGCUGGCGAAGCUGCGGAUGGUGAUCCAUUACUUCGACAGGUGUCGACUGGAAACGCCCCAGGGGGAGUUGCGAAUCUACCGCCAGGUGCGCGACAAACGCCGGGCCUCCUGGCGAGAUUCCCGGCUGCCGCUGCUGGAGAUACAGGUCGCGCCCGAGCUCACGGGUUUCGAAGAUGAGGUUGGGAGGGGUUGCCUUCACGCGGAUUUCGCCAACAAGUCUUUGGGGGGCGGUGUGCUGGUUGGAGGAUGUGUGCAGGAGGAGAUUCGUUUCGCCAUUUGUCCGGAGCUUUGCGCUGCCAUGUUGGUGUGCCCCAUCAUGUUGGAAAACGAGGCCAUUACCAUUGUGGGUGGUGAGCAGUUCUGCACUUACACAGGCUAUGCCAGAUCCCUGGCGUUCGGUGGCGACUACCGGGACCCCUCGCCCCGCGACGCCGAUGGCACACCCUUGGUGGCCAUCACCGCUAUGGAUGCCUUGGACUUCCGGGGAGAGGAUAGCAGCCUGCGAAGACAAAUGCAGGAGCCCCUGAUGCUUCGUGAGUUGGAGAAGGCGGCGGCCGCCUUUGCGCCGGUGGACGACGUGGCACUUCGGCAGUGGCCGGUGAUCGCCACCGGCAACUGGGGCUGUGGCGCCUUCGAGGGUUGCCCCGAAUUGAAGGCAGUCUUGCAGUGGUUGGCCGCUAGCGAGGGUCGCAGGAGCUUGCUUUACUUCCCCUUUGAGUUGAAAAUUGGCCCA